AUGCUUGACAGCAUCAAUCAGCAACUAUUACGACAACAACAAAAACAUCAAAAAUACCACUCUCAACAACAACAAAAGCACCAUUCAUUUGAUUGUUAUAAGAAUUUCAAAAUUAUGGCCGGCUUUCGUAAACGUGGCUGUCGUACACGCACUUGGUUUCUACUCAAGGACUCGGUAAUUUUCGUCAUAAUCAUGUGCGUUCUACAAAUCUGUUACCAAUCAACUUUUCUAAUUAUAAACGGUGAAAUAAUCAACACAGACAAUAAUAAUGAACCAAUAAUCACAGGAGGAAGUGACGCUGCCCUUAAUGAACAAAAUGAUUUCCAAGAAAACAUUCUGAUAGAAGGGAGCAGUGUAAGAAAAGUGCUAGAAAAUCUAACCAAAGAAAAUGAAUUUAGUGUAGUCGAUGUAAAUAAUAUUAAGAUAGAAGAAAAAAUAAUAUUUAAAACAAAUUUUAAGAAAAAUCUAAAUAUCGUAAAUAAUAAUAACAAUAACAAUAAUAAACACAAAACACCAAAUGAUUUGGAAAAUCAAAUAAAGGCAGCAAGGACAACAAUAGCACCAGCAGCAGCUGAAGCCAACAUACAAACAGCCAGAAAUCCUGCAGAUAAAUCCAGCGUAAAGGAAAAUACAAAUGAAACAUUUGCAGGUGAGCAAGUGGAAAAAGGGAAUGUAAUAAACAAAUCCUCUAUGUUAAAUAGAAAAAAUACCACAGAGCAGUUAAUCACUGCAACAAAUAACAACACCAACACAACAACCGGCACCACAUCCACAGAAUAUCCUGCCACCACUAAGAAAUCUCUACGUAUUGGUGGCUCUGGCUCUGUUAGUAAUCUUUUUGGCAUACGUGAAAAUGUUAUGCUACCCUCGGAGGAUCCCGAACGAGAGGCUCAAAUUCUAUAUGAAAAGACUCUUAAAGAGUAUCAUGUUAAUAAUUUAGAUGCUGCUUCAUCAUCUUUCUCCGGCUCCUCCUCAUCUGAUGCAGAGUUCGAUGCAGACUCUGAAUAUGCCACACCACAACGUUCGUUACAUGCGGUCUGUGAUAAAUGGUCACAGAAACAUUGUCAUUGUACGGGUACAUUGGGUCGUUUAUCCUUGAAUUGUCGCAAUAUUGGAAUAUUAGCUGUACCAGUGGAUUUACCCAGUGAUACUGUUGUUUUAGAUUUGGGCAACAAUAAUAUAACCAAAUUGGAAGCAAACUCAUUUUUUAUGGCAAUUAAUUUAGAAGAAUUAACCCUAGCUGAUAAUAGUUUAGAAAUUUUGGAUCCUUUAGCAUUUUAUGGUUUAAGUAAAUUGAAACGUUUAAAUUUACAAAAUUGUGGCCUUAAAACAUUGCCCGCUUAUGCUUUUCAAGGUUUAGUUAGUUUAGUGUCCAUGCAAUUAAAUGGCAAUGCCUUAGCGAGCAUGGACAGCAACAGCCUGCAACAUUUGCCAAAAUUACGCACUCUGCGACUGGAGGGUAAUUUAUUCUAUCGGAUACCAACCAAUGCUUUGGCUGGAUUAAAGACACUUGAAGCACUGAAUCUAGGCAGUAAUUUAUUGACAAUAAUAAAUGAUGAAGAUUUUCCGAGAAUGACUAACUUGGUGGUGCUUCUUUUAAAACGUAAUCAAAUCAUGAAAAUCUCGUCUGGCGCCUUUACAAAUUUAACUGCUUUAAAAAUUCUAGAAUUGGAUGAUAAUUUGAUUAGUUCUCUGCCAGAAGGUCUUAAUAAAUUGUAUCAUUUACAAGAGUUUUCUGCCACUAGUAACCGUUUGCGUUGGAUAAAUGACACUGACCUACCGAAGAACCUACAAACUUUAGAUUUGCGUGCCAAUCCUAUAGCCCAAAUUGUGCCGGGGGCCUUAAGGGGCAUGACAAAAUUAAGAAAACUCAUUUUGUCCGAUGUAAGAUUUCUGAAAAAGUUUCCUGAUUUAGAGGGCUGCUAUGCCUUGGAAAUCUUAAAAUUGGACCGGGCUGGCAUAAAUGAAGUGCCCGCAAAUUUAUGCCGCCAAGCACCAAGACUGAGAAGUUUAGAGCUAAAAACCAAUUCCAUACAGCACAUUCCCAUUUUAGCUAAUUGCCGAGACUUAAGACUGUUAGACUUAUCAAGCAACUUAAUACAAGAAAUAAAAGGACGUCCAUUCCAUGGUUUAAAACAGUUACAUGAUUUGUUAUUAUCCUAUAAUCGUAUACAAUUAAUACCUCAAGAUGCUUUUCAAGGCAUUGCCAAAUUGCAAUUAUUAGAUUUAGAAGGUAAUCAAAUUUCGUUUAUACACAAAGACGCCUUUAUACCCUUCUCCUCGCUGGAGGACUUAAAUUUGGGCAAUAACAUAUUUCCCGAAUUGCCCGCAAAUGGUUUACAGCGCUUGCUGCAUUUGAAAACUUUCAACAAUCCCAAAUUGCGUGAUUUCCCCGCACCGGAUACAUUUCCCCGCAUACAGACUUUGAUACUAUCGUAUGCUUAUCACUGCUGUCCAUUUAUACCGCUGGUGGCGAUGUCGGCCAGCAAGAAACCACCUUUGGUGCAGGAAGCUGUAUUAUUUCCUUCGGAUGCUGAGUUUGAUAUGAGUUUGUGGAAUAAUAGUAUGAUGGAUAUUUGGCCGCAAUUGCACAAUUUGAGUAAAAAAUUUGGCACUCAAAUGCACGACAUCUGGGAUAAUUUUGGACAAGAUUUUACCUAUCCCGGCAAUAUACCCACCUAUAUGGAGGAGUAUUUCGAUGAAGAUGCUGUCGGCACGGGCACAGGCAGCAAUACUCCAACAGGCACGGCACCCACAUUUGCUGGUACAUUUGGUGGUGGCGGUCUGUUUGCAACUAUUGGCUCGGAACACACACCCGGCAGUAUACAGUGUUUACCCAUGCCGGGGCCAUUUCUACCCUGUGCCGAUUUAUUUGAUUGGUGGACUUUGCGCUGCGGAGUAUGGGUGGUAUUUUUGCUGGCUUUGCUAGGCAAUGGCACUGUAGUUUUUGUAUUAAUCUUCUCCAGAUCCAAAAUGGAUGUACCCAGAUUUUUGGUGUGUAAUUUAGCGGCUGCUGACUUCUUUAUGGGUGUUUACUUGGGCAUUUUGGCCAUAGUGGAUGCCUCUACGUUGGGAGAGUUUAGAAUGUUUGCCAUACCCUGGCAAAUGUCGGUAAUGUGCCAGAUUGCUGGCUUUCUGGCGGUGCUUUCUUCAGAAUUAUCGGUUUUUACUUUGGCUGUUAUAACGCUGGAAAGGAAUUAUGCCAUAACACAUGCCAUACAUUUGAACAAGCGCUUGUCUUUGAAACAGGCUGCUUAUAUUAUGGUAGUUGGUUGGUCAUUUGCCUUAAUCAUGGCCAUGUUACCCCUGGUGGGUGUUUCGGAUUAUCGAAAAUUUGCCGUUUGUUUGCCAUUUGAGACUACUACCGGCAUAGCCAGUUUGACUUAUGUUAUAGCCCUGAUGAUAAUAAAUGGUUGUGCCUUUUUGACACUAAUGGGCUGUUAUUUGAAAAUGUAUUGGGCCAUACGAGGAUCUCAAGCCUGGAAUACCAAUGACUCUAGAAUAGCCAAACGUAUGGCUUUAUUGGUAUUUACCGAUUUUUUAUGCUGGUCUCCCAUAGCUUUUUUCUCUAUAACCGCCAUAUUUGGUUUGCAAUUAAUAUCGCUGGAACAGGCUAAAAUAUUUACAGUGUUCAUUUUACCCUUAAACUCCUGCUGCAAUCCUUUUCUAUAUGCCAUCAUGACUAAACAGUUUAAAAAGGAUUGUGUGAAUUUGUGUAAACAUUUCGAGGAGACAAGAGUAACCCGAGGAGCUGGAGCUAUGGCCCGGAGAGCUGUGGGUACAGAGAGACUGCCCAAAGAACUACCACCCCUAUUGCCCGCUGUACACCCGCCAGGCUGCAGAUGCUUACGCAUGAUGCCCAGUGAAAUGCCCAACUGGCAUAAGAUUCAAGAGAAAGAAGGCUCCAUUUGGUCGCGUACUUGGCAGAGAUUGUGGAACCGAUGCACUUGUUGUGUAGCCUGCUGUGAAAGAAAUCAGCCUCAGCGUUUAGAUGGCCGGAGGGGUAGAGUUUCCAGAAGCAAUAAAAAUGAUCCGUAUCAGUAUCAAUUUUCUGAAAUCAAACAAAAGAAACAGACACGAGCCGGUUCUAUUUCCAGUGAAAAUUUUUGUUCUUCACGUUCUUCAAGCUGGCGUAAUGGUAAUCCCACUGGUAACCAUAUGCCGGGACAUGCUCAUGGUCAUACUUGUGCCAUACCCAUGAAAAUGAUGGAUCCCAAUAGAAGAAGGCAUUCAGCUUGGCUAAUCACACGAAAAACUUCACAAGAUUCAAAUCUAUCAUCAUCACGAAAUGAUUCCUCGGCAUCGGCUACCACUGCCAGUACUUCCACCUUUCGCUUGUCCAGAUCAAGUGCCGGAAGCACCACACCUUUGCCCUCGGUAAUUACCCAUAGCAGCAAAGUACCCCAUCCACAAUUUGCCUCUACCUUACCCAAACCCCGCUUGGUGCGCCAGGAGGCCGUACAAGAAGAAGAGGAUACUUCACCGCCCCGUUUGGGUGUACGCUUUCUACCCACCAUACCCUCGGCUGCCGACAGCUCUGUCAUUUUGGAAGAUGGUGACUCUGGUUUAAUGUCCAGUAUAACUGGUCUUUACACCAACUUACAAAAUCCCCCACAAACAGGAACAUCCUGCAUAAUGAAUACCUCAUCAACCCAUUAUAGUCAUAAUACGAAUGCAUCCGAACACCAAACACCCACCAUUCAAGCAUUAACCCAAAAACCGCCACAAGAACCACAGCCGCCCGAAACACUGCCACGACCUCAAGACAAACCGCCAUGAUAUGUGAGGCAAAAACAAAGGACAAUAUUUUUUAAGUUGAGAGCUGACAUAAAGGAAGCUUUACUUUAGGAGAUUAUUUAGAGAAGGCAUAUAAGUAAAUAAAAUAGGAAAGGAAAAAGGAUUGUUAGAAAAAAACA